UUGAUUCUUCCAUAAAGAUCAGUGCUGGCUUAUCUCACACAAUGGGUAGUCGCCCGUCAUUCCUCUGCAGUUGCAUAAUUAUUUUGGAGUAAACAAAGGGUGUGUUAAAAUCGGUCCACAUGCAUACGUGGCUGCAUAUGUGCAUUGGUGACACAAACAAACAGAGGUUCUGUUAGUGCAGUAGGUGUCAGUGAGUCAUGGCGAUCUUUAACCACUUGUUGUUUGUUUGGUGUUUGAUGCCGCUGGUACUGAGCUACCCUUUCUACCCACCAACGUGCUACACCAAGGUACUGAGCAUGGCACAAGAGCUCACCCAUUGGGCUGCAGAUUUAAAGAGGGACCCUGAAACUCAUUUCUGCAUGGCACACAUGCCAGAUCUCUACCUUGACGUCCAUAAUGCUUGUGUGAUGUACAAAAUGAGGACCUACAUCUCCCUGGUGGAAGGCCUGCGACAGCGCCGCUGUGCUUACACCAGAGAAGUGGGGAAGCUGGGUGUCACUCUGAGACAGCUCUUCAUCAUCAUGUCAGAGAAAUGUCAUGGGGACUUGGUGUUCACAAUCUAUGACUGUGCUGCGCUGGAGCGCUAACAUACCUGAAAGGACAAUAUUACUGUCUGCUCAAGGUGAUUAGAGAGACAGCAAUGCAGUCCUUCUAUGUACAUUCUCCAAGCGUCUGCAAUGAUUGAAAGACACAAGGCUGAUGUUAUAUUUAUAUCUAUGGUAACUAUGGUUGUGUAACUAAACAAUGUACUUUAAUCAUCUGUUUUAUGACUAUAUUGCGGUUUUAAUAUUACCACUAAUUACCACAUCUUUCCUAUGGAAUCUGACUGGAAACAUUUCAUAUAAUAAACUUUAUUAAAAUGC